AUGUUCAUGUGAAAGUUAGAGACAAUCAACACGAAAGGCGUCUAUUGUAUAAACGCUAUUCAGGGCUUGGCCACAGCGCAGAUCAUUUUAACAACUUCUUAUUCUGGAAAUCUGCGCGCUUUAGUAAACGGUGCUCUGUUACUGGCAAUAAUAGGCUAUAUGGCCAGCGGAGGGGGGGCUGAAGCGCACUCGGACAGUCCACUAUGGAAGGAGAGCAGGAUGAGGGGAGAUCGUGGACAUGAGCGCGAGAGCAGCACGCGGAUCGGGAUGCGGAGUGAGGACGAGAGACUCCAGACUUUCCAAAACUGGCCCACAGACGCGCCCGUGAGUCCCGCGGAGCUGGCCCGGGCUGGCUUUCACUAUCUGGGCUACAGUGCCACGGUGCAGUGCUUCUGCUGCGAUGGGACCCUGAGGCACUGGGUUCACGGAGACACUCCGCGGGGGGAGCAUGAGAGGCACUUCCCCGCAUGCGGCUUGAUGAUGGGCAGGGAUGUGGGCAAUGUUCCGCUGGGCUCGUCUGACUCUGUGGACGGGCAGCUCUUGAGUCAGCUGCAGCGGCUGACCGUGGAUGAGCAGGUGUUGCCUGGACAGGCGGUGUGCCCAGAGAUGGAGUCGGAGGACAGCAGACUGCCCACUUACCAGAACCAGCCCCCGGGAGCAUCGGUGCAGCCAGACGCGCUGGCGCAGGCGGGCUUCUUCUACACAGGUCAUGACGACAAUGUGAAGUGUUUCUUCUGUGAUGGUGGUCUGAGGAACUGGGAACCGGGAGAUGACCCCUGGCAGGAACACGCCAAAUGGUUUCCUCAAUGUGAAUAUUUGCUUCAAUCCAGAGGACGGGAAUAUGUGAGCAAUGUCCAACAGUCUUACUUCAGCAUGAAUGAGAGCAUGGGUGGAUCUCCAUCAUCAACUGCAGGAAACAUUACAUCAGAGGUGCUGGGUGGGCAGAACUCAGUGGCGGCAGCCAUGUUGUCCCCUGUGGUGCAGGCGGUGUUGCAGAUGGGUUUCCAGCACUCGCUAGUGGAGAGUCUGGUGCAGUCACACUACCUGCUCACCGGCUCACACUACACCUCAGUCUCUGACCUGGUGAGUGACGUCCUGCAGGCCGAGGAGGAGGAAAGGGAGACGGGGGAGCCCAGACCAGAGACUGUGGGGAGGCAGAGAACACCAAGAACGCAGGUCUCAGACAGGGAGAAAGUGCGAUCAGACCCGAGUCCAGAGGAACAGCUGCGACAGCUUCAGGAAGAGAGGACCUGUAAGGUCUGCAUGGACAAACUCGUCUCCAUGGUCUUCAUCCCCUGUGGCCACCUGGUCGUCUGCACCGACUGCGCAGCCAGUCUGCGCCACUGCCCCAUAUGCAGGGCAGUCAUCCGGGGGAGUGUGCGAGCAUUCAUGUCAUGAAGCGCAAACACACGUUCAUACAAUACACAGCGACAUACUGUUGCACAACAGUGUCAUUAGCAAGAAUUGUACUGCACUCGGGAUAUAUAGUGAAAAAAUACUCAACAAAUGUUAUAAAUAGCUUCCAAAUCAGCAUCAGUGCUUGAUAUUUGGCUAUACAUUAAAGCUACAGGGGUCCAAAAGUCCACUUCACAUCUAAAGUCUAAUUUAAUAC